AUGUCAUACGUCGUGCAGUCUGUGACCACCAGUGAUGCACCUGGUGUAGCGCGAGCCAUGUUCAGCGCUUUCUGGCAAGACAUACACUGGCAGAAGCUGUGGGCGGCAGACAUGGAUCUUGAGGCCAUCAUCAAAGAUUGUGCCGAGCGAUUGCCAUGGCUUCUUAUCAGCGGUCGAAAUGUAAAAAGGCACCUCAAAGUCGUCGACACAUCUUCUGGAGAAAUCGUGGGAUACUCACGAUACAUUGUGCCUGAGAGCCAUGCUGGGAUGUGGAUUGAUGCGCAGACAUUCGAACCGAGCCCUGAGGAGAAGUUGGGCUAUGAGCAGAGGUUUGAGAGCGUGACGGAUAAUGGCCGGAUCCGGGGUAUGAACUAUGCAAUGUUAGCCGAGUUUGGGGGUCCUCUUGAUAAAGUGGAAAAGGAGAUUUUGAAGGAGAGUGGACCUUGCUUUGCUGUGGACUACAUGUCCACCCAUCCAGCCCACAAGGGCCAUGGCGUGGCGUCAAUGAUGCUGAAGGAGGCGCUUAAGCAAGUAGACGCAAUAGGUCAGAAGACGAUUGUGAUGUCCAGUCCCGCUGGGAGGGGGCUUUAUGAAAGACAGGGCUUUAUUUUCGUGCGCACGCUUGCUCAAGAUUAUUCGAAGUAUGGAAUUACUGAGCCUUAUGUUCAUCAUUGGCUGCUCCGAGAGUUACACAAGUAG